AUGUGUCUACUAGUAGUAUUAACCCGACUAAAGGACAUCAGACGUGCAUUUCGUUCGUUCGACGAAAUAGGCGUGCCCAACGCAGAGCAAAAAAUAUGUUCUGAAAUCAGGCGGAUAUCGGAAAGUAAUUCUAUUAAGCUGUGUGUGAAAACUGAAAAGGCUCAGUUUGACGAAGUUACACGACGACCGGCGACCGGCGAACGUCUAGCGCUGCGUGACUCCGUUAAUCCUGGUAACGAGACCCAUUCAGCGGGCGAAGAACAAUGCCCUAGUCGACGCCGGCAGUCGAGGACAAUCGUCGGUAUUCCGUUCACCUGA